ACAUUGGCUUACACAUUUUUUCCUACAUAGGCGGCGCUGGCGAGUCUUGCUCCCUUCAAGAUGGGGCCUUCUUUUGCUGUGCUGCAGGAGCAGACAAGGCUGGCUGCGCUCGUGUGUGCGCUACUGGGGAUUUCCAAUGCGGCUCCAUCUGUUGUGCGAAAGGGCAGACGUGCAUGGCGGCCGAUACUCUGUCGCCGUAUUGCGUGAACGAAAGUCGCACCUCGGUGAUCUCAACGUCAGCAACAACAACAACAGCAACAACAGCAACAACGACGACGACGACGACGACGACGACAACCUCCUCCUCCUCCCUCGCAUCAACAACCCGGCCAUCGUCCUCCAGGACAUCAUCGAACUCAGUCACCACGAGCGCCACGCCAGUCUCGUCCUCCGAGUCUCUUCCUUCUACCGACGGACAGACGGCAGCGCCCAGCAAUACUCUCUCAACCUCAACAUCGGCCCAUCAUCCUUCAUCGACAAGUACUCCGACAGCAACAGCGGGUCCUCACAACAAGGGGGGUCUUCCGCUGUCGGCGCAGAUCGCCGUCGGAGUCGUGAUCCCGGUCGCCGUCAUCCUCCUCGUGGGCGCUCUCUGGUUCUUUGCAUUUCGCCGUCCGAACCGAGCCCACAAUGGUCCGGGCCACCGCCGAUGGGGCACGGGCGGGACGGCGAGCUCCGGGUUCGCGACGGGCUCUCGGGGCCCCACGCCGCCACCGACGUACGACAAGAGCGGGCUAGACGUUGUGGUUGUCGAACCGCCCUCGUCGCUCUACGAGCAGCAACAGCAGCAGUAUGCCACGGCGCCGGACGCCGAGCACGGGAGGGAGCGCGCAGCGGUCGGUGAGGAAUUCGAGUUGGCGGACCUGAGAGGACCGGCGGGCGGGUUAGGCAACGGCGGGGUGAGCGACGGAGCGCGGUCGAGGGCAGGAGGCACAAGGGAAGUAUCGCCUCUGUCGGACGCAUCCUCUGGUGGCCCAAGAGGGCAAAUGCCGCCUCAUCCGGGCGAUGUGGUUGUGGUUUAGGUUGGGGCGUGCCAUGCGACUGUGUGUAUGUGCAUUGUAUGUCCAUAUCCGGAUUAUAUAAGUACUGUACAUGCACAUCCAAAUGCAUACACGCAUACACGCAUACACUUGCGAGUUGCACACGGCUCUAUAAUUUACUCCUUCGAUUGCCAGUUCGCGGCGGCUUCAUCUUUGAUACUGUUCAAGAAUGGCCAGCACUCAGCACUGUGCUGCAGGUAUCUGCACCUAC